AUGGAUUUAUUGGAGUACGAGAUCAUCGUGACGGAUUUUGAGACAGUGCGCAAUGAAUACGUCAAGACGAAAGCAGCCAUUGCUGAUAGUAGGGAGCAAGUCUCCCUCCCUAUUCUGUCCACCGAGUACCAUCGAUGUGUGCUAGACGAAGCACACCGGAUCAGAAACGGGUCAGCAAUAACUAUAACUGCGGCAGCAAUAAACAAAAUCCGAUCAACAUAUCGAAUUGCAAUGACGGGCACACCAUUCAAUAACGAGUACACCGACGUGCAUGGCCUUAUCGAGUUUCUUCGCAUUCCACCAUGGAACAACCAGCAACUGUUCAUUUCAUCAUUCAUGAAGAAGCCUAACGGUCAGAGGGACGUUAAACUGCUGGACGGACCAAGAAACGCUAUCCUAUCAUUGACUCUCCUAUCAAUGAUGGUUCGCUAUGUACAUGGCGACCAAUAUUGUCCCCCAGACGGCCCACCCGAAUCGAUCUUCCCUGAGAUCGAAUGUGUCCCCAUUGUUUCUGAGCUCACUCCGACUGCAGGAGAGAGAGCCGACCAAGAGGCAACGAGGUUCCAGUGGGAUGAAGACUACAAGGAAGAGAACAAAGACAGGGGCUCUGAUAUCACACCGAGUGAGCUCUUUCGGGAGCUGAUAAAGGCACGUCUAGCUGCCAUACAUCCGGAACUACCAAGCGCACGCUAUGGAGAGUUCGGCAUAGACGACGCCAUCGAUGAUCAGCACUGGCUCCUUGUGGAACUCGCAUGCAAGACACCAUCAGAACCUCCCCUGAGACACAACUCGAGCAGAGAGGCAUUCCGCGCGAUGAUGGCCGCCUCACCUGGUCGGUGGCGGUCAACAAAAACAACGAGAGCCGUACAGUCGAUCAAGGAGCACCUAGGCAAGCGUACCGGCAAGAUUCUGUAG